CAGAGAACAGCCAGAGCCCGUAGAUACAAGCGAGCAGGUGGCGUGCUGCUAUACAGCAGCACCAUUGCUGCCAUUAAAAUAGACGCCGCAGCGCAACAGCAACGCUGCCGUCGUCACAAUCAGCGCCAGCGACAGCAUCAUCCACAUCAUCGACAUCGUAGACGACGACGGCGCAGCAGCGGACACAACAACUGCAAUUGCAGCGGCAAUCAAAGCAUUGGCAACAGCAACACCGGCAGCAGCAGCAGCAGCAGCAGCAGCCUGUUGGCCGUAGUGGGUGUGGCAAGCAGCUGCCCCUUGCUCGCCACUCAGCAGCUCAUUGACGACAGUGGCAGCGGCAGCGACGACGAGAGCGGCGCAGCGACAACGCAGCGGCUGCAACAUUGCCAGGCGGAGGAGCAGCAGCAACCAGUACGACGGCAACGCCGACACCACAACGGCCUGUCAUUUGUAGGCAAUGCAACGCUCUCAGCAGCAACGGGUUGGACCUGGCCUAAGAUGGGUAGCGUGCUCUUCGCAGCUGUAUUCAUCGCAUUGCACUUUGCCACCGGCGGCCUGGCCAACCCAGAUGCAAAGCGCCUCUACGACGAUUUGCUGAGCAAUUACAAUCGCCUCAUACGACCCGUGGGCAACAAUUCGGAUCGACUCACCGUCAAAAUGGGGCUGCGACUAUCACAGCUGAUCGAUGUGAACUUGAAGAAUCAAAUUAUGACCACCAAUGUCUGGGUGGAGCAGGAAUGGAAUGACUAUAAAUUGAAAUGGAAUCCCGACGAUUACGGCGGCGUGGACACGCUGCAUGUGCCCUCUGAGCAUAUAUGGCUGCCGGAUAUUGUGCUCUAUAACAACGCCGAUGGCAACUAUGAAGUGACAAUAAUGACAAAGGCAAUUCUGCAUCACACCGGCAAGGUGGUGUGGAAACCGCCGGCCAUUUACAAAUCCUUUUGCGAAAUUGAUGUCGAAUACUUUCCCUUCGAUGAGCAGACAUGUUUCAUGAAAUUCGGCUCCUGGACAUACGAUGGUUAUAUGGUUGACUUGCGGCACUUGAAGCAAACCGCCGACUCGGAUAACAUCGAAGUGGGCAUAGAUCUGCAGGAUUACUAUAUAUCCGUUGAGUGGGACAUUAUGCGUGUGCCGGCGGUGCGCAACGAAAAGUUCUACAGCUGCUGCGAGGAGCCCUAUCUGGACAUUGUGUUCAAUCUGACGCUGCGGCGAAAGACGCUCUUCUACACCGUUAACCUAAUCAUUCCCUGCGUGGGCAUCUCGUUCCUGUCCGUGCUCGUGUUUUAUCUGCCCAGCGACUCGGGCGAGAAGAUCUCACUGUGUAUCAGCAUUCUGCUGUCGCUCACUGUGUUCUUCCUGCUGCUGGCCGAAAUUAUUCCGCCGACCUCGCUGACAGUGCCGCUGCUCGGGAAAUAUCUACUCUUUACCAUGAUGCUGGUUACGCUCUCCGUUGUGGUCACCAUUGCGGUGCUUAAUGUGAACUUUAGAUCUCCUGUUACGCAUCGCAUGGCGCCGUGGGUGCAGCGUGUCUUCAUACAAAUCCUGCCCAAGUUGCUGUGCAUUGAGCGGCCUAAGAAGGAGGAGCCCGAGGACGAUCAGCCGCCCGAAGUGCUCACCGACGUCUUUCACCUGCCGCCGGAUGUGGAUAAGUUUGUCAACUACGACACGAAGCGUUUCAGUGGCGACUACGGCAUACCAGCACUACCCGCCUCCCAUCGCUUCGAUUUGGCCGCAGCGGGCGGCAUUAGCGCCCAUUGCUUUGCGGAACCACCGCUGGCCUCCUCACUGCCACUGCCAGGCGCCGACGAUGAUCUGUUCAGUCCAGCGGGGCUCAACGAUCUCAGUCCGGGCUGCUGUCCGGCAGCUGCAGCUGCUGCUGCUGCUGCGGCCGCUGCUGCCGCCGAUCUCAGCCCUACGUUCGAGAAGCCCUAUGCCCGGGAAAUGGAAAAGACCAUCGAGGGAUCACGCUUCAUAGCCCAGCAUGUAAAGAACAAGGAUAAGUUUGAGAGUGUGGAAGAGGAUUGGAAGUACGUUGCCAUGGUAUUGGAUCGUAUGUUUCUUUGGAUUUUCGCAAUCGCUUGCGUGGUCGGAACAGCGCUUAUUAUAUUGCAAGCGCCUAGUCUGUACGAUCAAUCGCAGCCGAUUGAUAUACUCUAUUCGAAAAUUGCCAAAAAGAAAUUCGAGCUGCUCAAAAUGGGUAGCGAUAAUACCUUAUAG